AUGGUGUACACUGGGUCUUGUUACUGCAGGGAGAUUCAGUACGAGCUGAAUCUGCCUUCCCCGGACGAUGCGCGCACUUCGUUGUGUCAUUGUCGGAAUUGCAAGAAAUUUACUGGUUCAGCCUUUGGCAUAACCACAAAGGUGCCCAAGAAAGCGUUCAGGGUUACGGCAGGCCAGACAAAAGAGCACGUGGGCGACAACGGGUCUGGGACGAAACUCUUUCGUGAAUUUUGCCCGACAUGUGGCAGCGGCAUUCUUGAAUAUGGGGAGCACGCCGGGGAGAAUAUCUAUAUUUUCUAUGGAACUUUCGACCGACCGGAAGAGCUGCCUCCAAAGGGAGAAUUCUUUUGCAAGAGUCGCGAGAAUUGGAUGCCAGAAGUGCCAGGCGUCUUCCAUAAGCAGGAAAUUAAGGAUUGA